AUUGCCGAAAGGGUGCGCUCGUUUCCCAAUAAGCGGUGCUGUCAACGAUAGCAUGUAGCUGGCGGAUAUAAAAAAGAAUAAAGACAAAUUAACAUUAGAAAGGAAGUAGACAGGAUGGAGAAUGAAGAAAUGCAUCUUGUCAUCAAGACUGAACCAGAAUGGGGUUACAUAAAGGAAGAGCUCGAUUUGGAAUUUGAAAUUGAUAACAGAGAUAUUAAUGUUAAAUGUGAACAGUAUGAUGAUGUUACAAUUGAAGAAGAUAAAAAAAUUCAUAUCAAAACCGAACCCCAGUCGCCCACUUCGGAAGUGAACUUUGAAUCCGAUCUGUUGUUACCUGAAAAUCAUGGGAUUGUUCCUUACUCGAAUUUCUCUAAACCGGCUUAUAUCGAAGAAAGCACCAAAGAUGUUAAAGUCACUGUGGAACCUAAGAAAGCUAAUGAAAGUGUGGAGGUGAAAAGGAAAAAAGUGAAAACAACAAUAGAGAUGAAGAAAGAAAUCAUACGGAAGCACGAAAGUGGAGUUCGCGUCUCGGAUCUGGCUUUGCAGUUCGGCUUAGCAAAGUCAUCGAUCUCUACCAUUCUCAAGAACAAGGAAGUAAUAAAAGAUGCUAAUGUUGCCAAAGGAGUGACUGUAAUCACCAAGCAAAGAUCACAGACCUUAGAAGAAGUGGAAAAGUUGCUUCUGAUUUGGAUCAAUGAAAAGCAGUUGGCCGGCAACAGUCUUUCGAAGGCCAUCAUUUGUGAGAAAGCAAGGCUUUUGUACCAGGAUUUGCUCAAGAAAACCCCAGGUUCAAGUUUUGAGAUUGAUAGGUUUAAGGCUAGUCGAGGCUGGUUUGAAAAGUUUAAGAAGCGAAGUGGCAUACACAGUAUAGUUCACCAUGGAGAGGCUUUGAGUGCAAACAAAAAAGAUGCUGAAGACUUUGUGAAAGAAUUCUGUGCUUAUGUGGCUGCAGAGGGUUUUAUCCCCCAGCAAGUGUUUAAUUGUGGUGAAACUGGACUGUUUUGGAAGAAAAUGCCAAACAGUACAUACUUAAUGCAGGAAGUGAAGGACAGGUUAACUCUUUUGCUUUGUGGAAAUGCUAGUGGUGAUUUUAAAGUGAAACCAUUGCUCGUUUAUCAUUUGGAGAACCCUGAUGUGUUUAAGAGAAACAAUGUUGUGAAAAACAAGUUGUCUGUCAUGUGGAGGGCUAACAGUAAGGCCUGGGUGACCAGACAGUUUUUCCUGGAAUGGGUCCAUGAAGUUUUUGCUCCUAGUGUGAGAAAAUACCUUAAUGAAAAUAAUUUGCCACUGAAGUGCCUGCUUUUGUUGGACAAUGCUCCUGCUCACCCCCCAGGCAUGGAGGCUGAAUUACUUGGAGAGUGUGACUUCAUCGUCAUGAAGUUUUUGCCUCCUAAUAUUACUUCAAUUAUUCAGCCGAUGGACCAACAGAUCAUUUCUAACUUUAAAAAGUAUUACACUAAAGCACUUUUUCAAAGAUGCUUUGAGGUUACCUCUGACACAGAGUUAACUCUCUGUGACUUUUGGAAGAACCAUUUCAAUAUUUUGCUCUGCUUAGGUCUUAUUGACAAGGCCUGGCAGCAAGUUACUUGCAGGACCUUGAACUUGGCCUGGAGGAAUCUCUGGCCUGAUUGUGUUGCAGUGAGUGACUUUGAGGGAUUUGAGACAGAUACUGAUGGAGUUGUUGAUGACAUAGUGUAUCUAGGUAAAAGCAUGGGUCUGGAAGUGAACAAUGCCGACAUCGAAGAGCUGGUGAAGGAACACAGUCCUGAGUUAUCUACCGAUGAACUCGAACUCCUUCAGAAGGAGCAGCAGAAGGAAGUGCUCAAGGAGAUACCUUCGGAGGAAGAAGAGGGAAGGGAGGAUGUUCCUAUUGCUCUUAUUAACAAAAUGUGUGCAAAAUGGAGUGAAGUGCAAAGUUUUGUUGAAAGGUAUCAUCCUGAUAAUGCAGUAGCAAGUCGUGUCAUUAAUCUUUUCAAUGACAAUGCUAUGUCUCACUUCCAUAACAUUGUGAAACGUAGACAAAAUCAAAUUUCAUUAGAUAGGGUUUUAGUGAAAAAGAAGCCUAGUGAGUCUCAGGCAAAAUCUGCUAUGAAGAAGCAGGAAAUCCAGGAGGUAAGAGAAAAAACUCCUGAAGUACAGUUACUUGAUGCUGUUCUGGAGGGUGACUCACCUUCCAAGAAAUAACAUUCCUACCCUUCCAUCUCUUCUCCAACCUCCAUUUGCACAAUCAAGACUUCUCAGCACAGAUCUGUUUUAGAACAACUUUCAGGAAUGAAUUAUGUUUGAAAACAGAGGUUUGACUGUAUUACAUGAAAAAUGGUUCGUUGAUUCUGUUCACAGAUUCUUUUGCCUCUGAUUGCAAGACAUCAGCUUUAUAAAAGAAUUAAGUAUGAUUUACACUGGAUGCAAAAGUAAAGAGAGAGAACAGAGCAAAUGAGGUGAGCAAACCAAGUUGUAGUUUUGCACUUUUAUCAAUACAGUAGAACCCCUCUAGUCCGCCCUCGGCUAGUCCGUCACUCCGGUUAAUCCGACCGUGGUCGGAGUCGAGAAACUUGUCCCGACUCGUCAGUGACUCACCGUCCGUGGAGUUUUUCUAUGUUCGUUACAGUAUAUGUUUUACAUUGUGUGUACAUGUACAGUUUUGUGUGUGUUUUUAA